GGAGAGCGACCUGCUGCUGGGGACGGAGCGAUAAAGCGAUAGCAUUUGAUGUUUGUGAAAUGUAACGCUGUUUCUCGGGUGCUGAGUGGCUGCGUCUCACUGGUUCGUAUGGCCAUCACAGGCAGGACAGCCCAGAGUAGCCUGGUGCCUUUGGGUGCAGCAACUGGUGAAGUCAAACUCCCUUUAAGUGAUGAAAAACAAAACAUGCAACGCGAAACAUCCCUUAGCAGGUAGCGGGAGGCCGAACAAAGCGGUUAACUUUUUUGUCAGAUGCAGAAAUGAUGGCUUGAGCUGUUUAUAUUGCUGUUGAUCUGCUUCCAGAGUGCGGCUGGGAAAUCCUUGCGUUUUGGGCUAAGUGAUGCUAACAUGGCCGCAUAUCCAUCCUGCACUCGACUCGUAAGAUGAACCUGGAAGAGGCCGACUGCAGAGUGCUCAGGGAACGGGAGGGUCAUUAAUUAACGAGAAUCAGUAGCGCAUUCUGCCACGUUUUGAGGGGCUCUGUUUACACACCCCCGGAUGAGAAACUGUAUCCUUUGUAAUUAAUUCAGUCCCCAAGGAGUUGAGAUAAGGGGACUUUUUAAAAUGACAAAUCCACAGAAGUCAGUGUCAUUGAUCUAUUCGCCACGCUGUCCGUCUCUCCAGACUCCACCGCAAGCUAGCAGCCGACCAUGCAGAUGGAGCCGCCUCUCGCCCAACGACAUCAUCCUGGGAAACCUGGCCUCCGUCAACCUGGUCGUCUUGCUCAGCCGCGGCAUCCCUCAGACCCUGGUCGCCCUGGGCAUGCGGCGGCUCUUCGGCGAUGUCAGCUGCAAGGUAGAUGUCUUCAGCUACCGCCUGGCCCGGUCCUUGUCCAUCUGCAUUACCGCACUCCUGGGGUGUUACCAGUGUGUUGCCGUGGCGCCCUCCACACCGCACUGGGCCAAACUCAAGCGAUGGCUCCCUACCCACCUUCCCCAUGCCAUCCUCCUCCUCUAUGCCAUCAACAUCCUCAUCUCAAGUGGUAGCUACUUGUUCACCCUGGCUCCUCUCACCAACGGUUCCAUCCCAGAGUACACCCUCAACCUGGAGUUCUGCAUCGUCGUCUUCCCAGACUCGGUGGCCUAUAUGGUCAACGGGGUGGUGUACACCUUGAGGGACAUAGUCUUUGUCUGUGUGAUGGUAGUUGCUGCCAUGUACAUGUUGCUGGUGCUCUACCGGCACCGAAAGCAGGUGGAGGGGCUGAGGGGCGCAGGGAGGGCGUCGGCAGGGGCCUCCAAGGCUGUGCUGCUGCUGCUAUGUACCUACGUGACGCUUUUCGGCCUGGAGAACACCCUGUGGGCCUACACGCUCUCCGUCUCCCGCGUCCCACCCGCCGUUUCCGACGCGCGUGUCUUCCUCGCCUCCUGUUACUCCACCCUCAGCCCUGUGCUCAUCAUCGCCACCAACAGGAGGCUGGCUGAAGGCUUCAGGGGAUGCCUCCAAACCAAGGGGGCUGCCAAAGCCCCCUCCACACAGACAGAGUCCAGCACCACCCAUGUCACAGUUGCAUAGUCUGUCCCUAAAGCUAUUCUGUGGGGGUGGGGAAUUCUGUAGAAAUUGUUCAGAUGUAGAGCUACCUGUGUCAAUGUAUCACAUAUAUCUAUCAAUUAAUCAACGUUUCUUUGUGGGGAAAAAAAAGUGCGAUAAACCAGUAAUCUCUGAAACGACAUCCUGACAAACACCCUCCCAAAGCAUGUAAGCCAUGCUUACAUGUAAGUGUGUAAGUCGUUUUUCAUAAGACUUAGACGCUGCACGCAAAUAUUAAUUUCUUACACCUACAGAAAAAAUGUACAAGAGAAUAACAGAGUACAAGUGUAAAUAAGCAAUGUAUUAUGGAACACAAUUAUUUAGAACUGUUUUGCACGCGAUUCAAGCUUUCCUCCAAUUAAAUGUCUAUCAGGACAGCUUAUCUAGCUGCUCUCAAGUUGUAGAGAACAUAAAUAAACAAAGUG